AUGGCGCUGUCGAAGGCGGAGUUCGGCGGGAGGAGCAGCGUCAGAGUCGUCGUCGCCGGCGACCUGAACACCGGCAAGUCCAGCCUCAUCGUGUCAGCCGCCACCGAGACCUUCCCCGAGAACGUUCCCGCGGUCGUCCCACCGACGCGCCUACCCGCCGAUUAUUACCCCGAUCGAGUCCCCGUCACCAUCAUCGACACCUCGUCCAGGUUGCCGAGCUCCGGGAACAGUCCUGUUUCUGCUUUUUUUUUGUUUUUUGGGUGAAUUUAGCUCUUUUUUAUCUGACAUUUCGGGGGAUCUGUUUUUGUGGAUUUCUGCCCCUGUUUCAGAGAGGAGCAUAGAGUGAGUCUGGUCUCAGAGUGCCAAAAGGCCGAUGCCAUUGUCCUGACGUACGCUUGCGACCGCCCUUCCACGCUUGAGAGGCUGAAAACCUACUGGCUUCCUGAGCUCCGUCGGCUAGAUGUGUGCUCCCGGAUUUCUUCAUCUGUAUUGCAUUUGUCGUAUUUUUCUAACCUCUUGAUUAGUGUGGAAUUCUCUUGGGUGUUGUUUCGUAAAUUUGUUCUCAGGUGAAAGUUCCUGUGAUCGUGGUCGGGUGCAAGCUGGAUUUGCGUGAGGAUCAUCAGUUGAGCCUGGAGCAAGUGAUGGCUCCAAUCAUGCAACAAUUCCGGGAGAUAGAGACGUGUAUUGAGUGCUCAGCUUUGAAGCAAAUUCAGGUUGCCAUGUGGUUCAUCACUUCAUGAGAAUUUCUAUUUUUUUUUUCAAUCUGAUUUUUCUAGGGAUUGAAAAAAAAAAAUCAUUUACUUUGGGCAUCAACGAUCUCAUUAUUUUACAAUGCCGUAAUCUGGUGCGGAGGGCACACUCUUAAUUUUUUUUUUUCUGUUUCUUAUCCAACCGCCAGUCUUCUUAUUCUACAAAGUACUAUGAUUUUUAUUUUUAAAUAUUCAUGAUUUAUUUUUUGCGGUUUCUUGCUACUUGUUGUGAGGACUUAAGCACCAUUUGUGGUGGAGGAUGUGAUACUCAGUAAGCAGGUUUCCAGGCCAUUAUUUUCUUUGUUGCGUGGGGGGCAGUGAAUGAUAAUUACAUGAUCCUUUUUGGAUUCGGCAUACUUUCUUCGGUCUAGUAAACAGCUGUGUUCUGCAAUUUAUUCAGUGCAUCACAGUUUUUUUUCCCGCAUUGUGAGUGCUCCGUGUGAUCAUUUCUGCUACAAAACAAAGGUACUACUUUCAAGCAUGGUUCAUUAAGUAUGAGAUUUUCAGAGAAAGGAUUUGUGUACCUUGAAAGAGAAAAGGGCGAAAUAUUAAAUAAAUAGAAUUCUUUUUCCGUUUUCUAUGUAUGUGACUAUUCAAACUAUAUUUUGCAACUAAUUAUUUUGGACUACUUUCAGUUGUAGUCUAGCAGAAUCCUAUGUGUUGAAACUGUAGAUUAUUAUUUGACUUGCAUUCAAAAUAUCAUAUAUAUUCCAAUUUUUCUAUAAUAAAAUAUUACUCAAAGAAACAUCUCAAACGCAACUAUCUGGUCAAAUGUUGGCUAAUAUUGUUUCGAAUCGGUUAGUCAUCGUUAGCCUUAGCUGUCAAAUGCUCCUAUUACAUUUUGGGAAGAGAUUUAAUGAAGAAGGAACACGACAAGUUUAAUAGAUUUAUGUGAGGUCUUAUCUGAGAAUCUCGGCAAAAAUGGGUCUCUUUUUAUUCAAUUUUCACUCCUUGUGGUGAAGUUUUGUGCAAAAUGAUUAUUAGGCAGAGAUUUAUCUCUCUUUUUCUUUACAGCUCUGUUAUCUCCUAUACUAUGCCUAAAUGUGAGAUGAAAUUGCGCCAUUUUCUGUCUAGGUGCCUGAGGUCUUCUAUUAUGCUCAGAAGGCAGUUCUUCACCCAACUGCCCCACUGUUUGAUCAAGAAACGCAGUCCUUGAAGCCAAGAUGUGUCAGGGCUUUGAAAAGGAUAUUUAUUCUUUGUGAUCAUGAUAGAGAUGGAGCUCUCAGUGAUGCAGAACUUAAUGAUUUUCAGGUAGCAUCUCUUCAUUUCAACUACCUCUUGUAACAGUUCAACUACCUCUUGCAGAACGUAAAAUAUUUAUAAUUUUAAGUUUUCUAGUUUUUGUUUUGAGAAGGUUUUGCCGGGACACUUCCAUGCAGGUUAGAUGUUUCAAUGCUCCACUUCAGCCCUCGGAAAUAGUUGGUGUAAAGAAGGUUGUGCAAGAGAAAAUGCCAGAGGGGGUCAAUGAACAUGGUCUGACACUGACUGGAUUCCUUUUCCUGCAUGCACUUUUUAUUGAGAGAGGACGUCUUGAGACAACCUGGACAGUCCUCAGAAAAUUUGGGUAUGAUAACAAUAUUAAACUCAGGGAUGAUCUCCUUUCGCUUAAAUUCAAGCGAGCCCCUGAUCAGGUAUCUAUUUCAUAUUUUUUUUCAUGUAACCAUUUAUCCCUAUUGCUUGAAUAUCUGGGCCUAUUAAUUAAAGACGAAAUUUUUUGGCGAAAGACCAAAGCACCAUCCUUAGAGGAUACAGAAGCAUAUAAAUCACCGGACCUUUCACAGAUUUAUUUUUACCAAACGUGCUAUAUAUGGAUGCUACUAGAUUUUAUUUUAUUUUGUCGGUUUCAUGUCCAUGUCACUGCAUAUUGAUCUUGAAAUGAUUGUUGAAAUCUUUUUUUCUUGUAGAGUCUGGAGUUGACUGAUGUGGCUGUGGAGUUUCUGAAGCGAAUAUUUUAUUUGUUUGAUGCGGACAAUGUAUGCAUUCCGUUAUUCCUUUCUCUUGAAUAUGUUGAAAAUUAUGGCGGUUUCCUUGGGUUAUAGAGAUCAAAAUCCGAUUAUCAAGUUUUACGAGAAUUUAUAGAGUUUGGAGUCUCGACACUAUAAUCCUAGCUGAUUCUUUCAUAUUACAUCUCAAACUGCGGCUUGACAACUAGCAACUCUGUUUUCCUGUUCCUGUGAUUGGUGAUGGCCUCGUUUGCUUUUCACCACCACUUGUCAGGUGGCUCAAAUUGGUGGCCCAAAAGGUGCCUUUGAACCUCUGCAUUGGAGCAUUGCCUACCUGCCUUGGCCUGCUUAAAUAAUCACGAUCAUGCCUUCGAAAUUACCUACUUUCAUUAUCAUAUUCAGGCUGUACUUUUAAAGUGCGGUUGAUAACUUAACCGAUUUAGAUUUUUUUUCGGACUGUACAUUAAUUGUCUACCUAACUAGCACAUAAAAUGCACAUUUUAUCUACUAGGAUGGUUCUCUGAGACCAGCCGAACUGGAUGAUCUUUUCUCAACUGCACCUGAAAGGUCAGUUUUAUUUCAAAGCUGUGCCUCAUAAGUCGUGUUUGCUGUUUUCACUUCCUGCUAUUUAGCUGUUCGGCAUUUCUAUUUCUCCCACUUUAUGAAAGAUUCUGGAUAUUGAUCCGAAUAAAGAUAAAAUAUUUCUGUCAACAUUAUUCUACGAUUUAUCAGGAUGGGGUAAUCGAUUUUAUCAGAAACUUCUUAUUUUGUGAAAUAUAGGAUAUUACCUUAUUUAUCAUAAAAUUCCCUGGGAUAAGAUAUCCUUAUUUGUUCUAUUUUAAUUCUUUCCCAUGCAAACUCUAAUUCUGAAAGACUAUUUCGAUUCUUAUCUUCUUGCAUUUUCUCAACCCAUGUUGAUUUCUGUUGAGUUUCCUUCAGUUCCUUUGUGUCUUGAGGAAUAAGAGACCUUCUCGUGGAAGGGAGGAAAAAACGGAACUUCUAUUGAACACAAGGGAAGGAAAUCGUGUUUCUGAAAAUUGUACAUGACGACAGGUAUCUGACGGGGAAGGUUCUGGACACAAACCUGACACUCCGAGACAAGCUUGUGAUAUGCUCGUGCUUUUUAAAGUGAAGCACGUGAUACACUCCCCCUAAGCCACCGGCAUAGUAUUUCAACAAUUUCAAAUUCCUUCUCCUCUCUCUUCUUCUUGAAAUUUAGCUUCCCUGGGCUUCCUUUCCCGAGUUUUUCAAUGAACCCUAACCAUGUCUGGUAAGCCCUUGGGUCUUUUUGGGUUGCCACAACCUGCCUGGCUCCUCUUGGUGUUUAGUCUGGAACCUCGUUUAUGAGGUAUACUCCCUUGACUAGUGGGCACUUCAAAGUUGCCUCUUAUUUGCACGAUUUAGUAGAGAAAAGAUGCAGUCUUUUAUGUGCCAGCAUUUCACGUGGUACAUUUCACUGUCCCUGCCUGGUCUACUGUUGGUAUAACCUUCUAGAGUGUCGUAUAAAAGCAGUUGGGAAAAAAUGUCGUCCAUUUUCCCUAUGUUGUCGAUUGGCAAAGGCUUUGGCGGAUGCUGACAGUGGCAGAGCAUGAUUGAUUCUAAGGCUUUCUGGUGGAAUUUGGUUGCUACUAUCUCCCUGAUUUCUUGAGCAGAAUCUUCAACUUCGUCCAGUUAUUAACUUUAUUUCAUUGUAUGUUAACUAGGAGUGUAAACCUUUUUCCAGAUUUACAUCUGAUGCUUUUAGAAGUGUCUGUUAUUUAUUCCACUUGCUUUUCCGAUUGAUGGUAAUGCUGUCCCAAAUAUAAAAAUGGGGAAAUUGAGCGGGGGAAGAAGGAAAGAGAGACCAUAUCCAUGACAUUGUCUAAGGGCUUUUGGGUCCAGCUGUUUAAGACCGAAGGUGAUAGAAGUGAAUAAUAAGUAACAUCUUUAGAGUAACAUUUGACAUGAUAGAGAAAAUAAAUCCAACAUUUAUUUUUGAAUCCUUUGUUUUUGGCUGGCUGGAUGCCUCUGUGGAGUGCUUUAGUGUGCAUUUGGCAUUAUUCUUAUUUUUUCCCCUUUUCUAGUGUUACCAUUUCAAGUUGAAGCAAUGAUACAUAUGAUCAUAUUCAUCUGUCUGCUUCUUUCGCAGAUAAAUUAUUUUGCUAACAAGGAAAUUCAAAAUUUUGUCUUUUUUAUUGUCUUCCAAAUCCAAAUGGCUAAAUUGCUGGUGGUCAGCUUUCUGUUUUUGAUAUUGUUAUCUAUUUGAAUAUCAUCCUUCGUUUACAGCCCGUGGGCAGUAGGUCCUUACAAGGAUGCUGCGGAAAAGAAUGUGUUGGGAGGAUUAUCACUUGAAGGUUUUCUAUCAGAGGUAUUGACGUGAACUAAUGUUUACCAAUUUAUAUAAUACAAUAUCUGUUUUAGGUCGUACUUAUUCUCAACUCUUUUUCUCCCUGUUUCCUAUUUUUUAAAUUUUAUAUUUUUUGUGUAUAUUUUUUAAGCCUGGUUUACUAUGAAAGUGAUUUACCUGGAUAAACCUGUUUAACCCAUCAGAUGACUGAAAAAAUACAUGUCACUCCAGUGGGCUCUGAUGACGGUUCUGGAUCCAGUCAGUAGCCUUGCGAACCUUAUCUACAUUGGGUAUACUGGCGAUGCUGCUUCUGCAUUCCACGUAACAAGAAGAAGGCGUUCUGAUAGGAAAAGGCAACAUUCAAUGCGAAAUGUUUACCGCUGCUUUGUGUUUGGUCCCAGAAAUGCUGGAAAGUCGACAUUGUUAAAUUCAUUGACUGGGAGGUGAGGCAAUCUCUGGAAGAUGUUUGUUUAGACAGGCUGAUCCUGGGGAUUAGUUUAUUCGUUACGUUUUUAACCUUAUGGAUCAUUAUCUUUGUCUAAGUUUUAUGACUCAUAUUGACGGCGUUCAUUUUCCCUACUGAACACAGACCUUUUGCUGAAAAUAACAUGCCGGCCACUCAACAGCUGUUUUCAGCAAAUGUCGUUGACAUGCCCGAGGUAAUUGUUGCAGAUGAGCAUGGCGUUUGUCAUUAUUUGCAUUUAUCAUGUCUUUAGUGAAAACCCAGUUUUCAGAUCUGCAUUCAUGGACGUUAAAGCUGAUUGCAUUCCUAUAGUUCCUUCCAACGAUAUGCAUAUUCAUAACUUUGUCAUUGUCUUUUAUGUUACAAAAUCUAUGGUUCAAAAAUUGCACAAGAAACUCGUAGUUUUAAGUUCUCAUGAUGAAAUAGUCUCCACGCUCAUGAUAUUUGUAAAUGCUGUUAAAGUAAAGAAAUUUUCUCUAUUAUUUUUCUGUGUCUAACUAAGUUCAAAUUGUUUGGGAUACUUGAACAUUAUGUCAAAAAUUUGUUUCAAACUGUGUGAGGGUGCCUGAUUUUUGGGUAGAUCGUCGAUUUUCGUGGAUUUUCUAUUCUUAGACUUUUGGAACAGUUCAAGAUGGCAUAAUUCACAAAAUCUUUUGAACAUUCUUUUCUUGUUUUGAAAAUUAUGCUAUACCUUUGCGCCAUUCAAUCAAAAGAAGCAUUUGAACACUAAAUUGGGUGAAAACAUUACGAUUCUGGUUCAUUUUCUCCUAGCGUGAGCAUAAUUUUUAAUUAUUUUGUUGGAUCUACAAUGGAUGGCAUAAAAGAAAGUGAAACUGGAGCAUGAUUGUUGUUGUAAGCCGUUUCCAUCUGAUCUGUUUCAAAUAAAUAUGAAUACAGGACAGCAUAAAUUUUGUGUGUGGGGGCAAGGAGAAAGGGUGGGAUAAGAGAUAAUAUUGGUUUCUUAUUCUUCCGCUUUUUCAAUGUGUUUCCUCGAAACUUAUCUUUUUUCAGCUUAAAAAUGGAACUGGGGCUUUCAUUUGAUCCUCUCAUAUUAAUGAUUUGUCCUUUCAAGGCUUGGAUACUAGAUCUAUCACUGAUUAACAAAGAAGUUCCCCGGUAUGAAUUGUUGUUUCAUUUUUUCAUGUAGAGCGCUCCGACCACAGCUCUAUUUUACCCGUACGCCUUCAUCUAGCUAACUAAUUGAACAUUGACCUUUGGCACUCGAUCCUACACCUGUUACCUCCGGAAGUUUCGACUAUGAAAGAAGUAUGAAAAUGACAUACUCUUUGUAAGAUAUUCGUCAAUGCAAAUGCUACCAUUUGUCGAAUGAGAAUGCUGGACACUUUCUCUUUGAAUGUUAGGGGGAAGCACCUUUGACUCCUAAUCUAAGUUGUUGUGGGACAGAUUUUGGUCCAAUUCAGGAGUCUGUCUGCCGUAAUCUCACUCACACUGGGAUUCUUCAUCCUGAAGAAAAUAAAGAUAAUUUAUAUGGAUAAGAACUAUUCAUUCAUAUUUUUUGAAGAAUAUGAUUUAUGCACUGCUAAUUGUCAAGAUAACAAAGAUUCUACUAUAUCCUUUGUCAUCUGUGAAACAGAUGUCAUUGUCUACCAUCACCAAAUAUCUACUUUGAGAAGUAUCUUCCUGGAACUUAGAACCGUUGCUAGGAGCAGCAUGUUGCAUUUCCUAUAGAUUUUCUGCCAUGAAAUGAUAUGUUAUCUCCAAUUUUUAUAGUCACUAGAUAUAAUUUCCUGAACCCCAAUUUUCUUUAGUUAUACACACUGUCCCCCAGUUGAUGUCUUCCAAGCCUCUACAUCUAUAAUCACUUAUAUGCUAGAAAAUUGCCAAGGAUUUUUAUUGAUGCCUCAUGAUGCAAUACUUUCCAACUGUAUAGUUGAUGUUUGAUCUGAUUCCCUAGGGUAAUAAAUUUUCGAUCUUUUUAUGAUUUUUUUGUUCUUGGUGAAGGGAGGCAAGAAGACGUUGAUAAUGCAAGAAAUUCCGGCGGAUGAAGUUAAAACAUUACUUUCCAACAAAGAUUCCUUGGCACCUUGUGAUAUAGCGGUAUUUGUCUAUGACAGGUAUUGAAAAGAAACCUACAUAUUUUUCAUAGCAAUUUUUGCAAUAUUAUUGUGCAUCUAAAAGGACCACCCGAUGAAAUCCUUGUCAUAGAUGAUAUUGAUAAUCUAUAUGCUUCCUUCUUCUAAGUGUUACCAGCAAUUGUUGGAUAUAACAAAAAAGAGCGGCUUGCUUCUGAUCUUUUUCAUAUUUAAUUCAUUUAUUUCGUCUAUAUGGAGUUGGAUUAUGCACUUUGCGAUAUGGCCCGACAUCAUGAAAGUCUUAACUUAAUCCCAUAGGAGUGAUCUAUAGAAUACUGGGUUAACCUUUCUGACUAUUAUGACGUAUGGAAUAGGAUACAUGGGGUCCUGUUGCAGUGCGUAGGGGUCAUGCCUCCUUUCUCUACUUUCCCUAGUUCUAAAGUAUUGAAGUACUUGGGAAAAAAAUUCCUGUAAGAUAUUUCUUGACCUGAGACAUCUAUUGGGCAGCUGGAGACCUAGUCUUAAUUAGAUGUUAUCCUUGCAGUUUAUAAACCAUUAUCAUAAUAGUAAUAAUGUUCAUUUCACUUGUGGCUACAUCAUAUUUUUGUUGAUUCAUUCUGGAAAUAUGUCAUCUUGUACUGGUAUCUAGGUGAUCUAUUAUGACCUCAAUUUCUUGAUGCACAUGAAGCUCUGAUGAAAGCUCCUGGAAGAAGGCAACAGACUUGCUCAUUCAAGUUGCUAGCCAUGGUGAAAACAAUGGCUUUGAGGUUCCUUGUCUUAUUGUCUCAGCCAAGGACGACCUGGAUCCAUAUCCUUUAUCUGUAAAAGAUGCAACUAGGGUAUGUGCCAAUGCUUCAAAGUCUCAAUUUUUGUGUAUUCGCAUGCUUAUUGAUGAAGUCUCCUUUAUGUUUGCAUAAUUAUCUCCUUGGAUUAUUAUAGUGAUUUUUUCUCUUUUGACCGAGAUAAUUGGAUGACGUAAGGAUAUCAAUAGAUUCGUGUAUUUGGGUUUUGGAUAGCAUUAUCGCUCUCAAGUGGUCAUUCGAUGUCAUGAAUAGAUGAUCUUUUAACUUUGGGAUAUUAACGUGAAUGUGGGCAACAAUUUAACCGGAAAUUAACAUUAUACUUGUAUAAUGAUAUAUGCCAAUGAAAAUUCUGUAUGUUUGCCCAUUCACGGGCAUAUUUAUUUAACUGAAUAUUUAUGUUUAUAUGGCAUUGUUAUCUGUUAGAGAAUAAAAUAUGAUUGCCCAACAUGUCAGAGGUUGAGGGACUUGCCCACUCAGGCAGCCCUGCUGUAUAUCUAGAGACUGUUAGUCUUUCGCAAUGGCCUGUAAAUGCCCUGUCCCAGCUUGGUAAUUGUUUUUUGAAAAAAGCUCUCUGAAAGAUAAUUCUUAAAAAUAUACAAGUUUUCAAAAAAUCGAUUUGAAAUUAUAGUGCAUUACAGCAUUUUUUGUUGAUGAACAGGAAGAUAUAAUUCUGGAUUAAUCAUGUGCUGUUGUUUACUGCUAUCAACAUCAUUUCCCUUGUGUUUAAUAAAUAGGACAUGAAAGACGAAUGUGGCUUGUCUUUUACCGUGUUUUUGCCUGACUGUUCAAAUUUUUCUCUAGAUUAUUUUAAUUUAUUUUGCGAUUCGAAAAUGACAGAUGUUCUUUUGAAUUUUCUUCUUCAUAAGAAUCGCAGGUCGUGGGUACUGUGAAAUUCAUUGCUUUUAAGUGAUAACAAUCGGUAAACUUCUUUUUAGUAUGAUAAAUAGUUCUCUAAUAGGAUGUGGAGAGCUCGUUCUCGUCAUCAGACAUUCUUGCACCUGUGCACUUCAGUUUUUAAACUGUGAUCUUCCCAGUUCGCAUCUUUUCUUAUUCCUGUACUCUCCUAUCCAAUUCUCCAUUGGAAAUGCUGAUAGUCGAGGAAUUGAUUACUAUCCAACUGCUUAUGUAAUUAUAAUUGAAGCUUUUCUCAUUUUCUACACAUUAUUGUGAAGCAUGAUUGAGCACAAAAUUUCGGGUCUCCCAUCAUUCCUUUGCUUUAUUUUAUUUCUUCUUAACACCCUAAUCACAUCUUUCAAUACAUCUAUAUAUAUAUAUAUAUGAAUUGAUAUUAGGUAAUUGAGUUGUGCUUGUUCUUUGUUCACCCAUUGCUCCUGCAGUUCAGUCAGGAGAUGGGGAUAGAAACUCCCAUUCCUGUCAGUAUAAAGUUAGGAGACUUCAAUAACGUAUUCCAAAGGAUCAUCAGUGCCGCACAGCAGCCCCAUCUGAGCAUUCCCGAGACCGAGGCUGGAAAAUACCGCAAGCAGUGUCAGCAGAUCUUCAAGAACUCUCUUGUGGUUAUUUCCGGUAAUCCUCCUCUCUCUCUUUCUCUCUCUCUCUCUCUCUCUCUCUCUCUCUCUCUAUAUAUAUAUAUAUAUAUAUAUAUAUGUAUAGAUUCUCUUUAUGCAUUCUUUCUUCCUUCUAUUUUUGUGUCAUCCUGUCUAUUCAUCUCUCUAUUUCUGUAUGUAUGAAUUCCCGGGUACCCUCUAUUCAUGCCAAACCAUUGAAGUUCCUCUUUCAUCUAAGUGGGAAGUGUGAUAUCACAGGAAGAGAUGAACAGAUUUAUAUGGAAAGCAUCAUCUCUCUUGAAUUUGUUUCUCUCAUACCUUUCUGUUUGCUGUUUAUAUCUUAUUUUAGUUAGUCUUUUGGUUUUCAUAUGAUUUUCAAUGAAGCAUGGACUUUAUUUUUUUGCUGUACUCAGUGGAACAGAUGUCAGCUGACAUGAGUUAUCUUUAUAUAUGCACAUUUAUACACAGAUAUAUUUAUAUAUUAUUAUGCGUGUGCGUGUUUGACUUUAUAGCCGGAAUGUUUAAGUUUAUUGAAAAAGUCGAUCAUAUAUGAGUAUCCUUGCUUUGUUGCCAAGUUUCUGUGUACAUUGAGGCAAAUGCUGGCAUGCUUCUCUCUCUCUCUCUCCCCCUCCCCUUCCUAUAAAUUUAUAUGGAUGUAGAUUCUUAGUCUGAUUACCAUCAUUCUUCUAAUUCAGAUCAUUAAGCUCUAGAGACAGUUGUUUUCCCUCUUCAUUAGCAUAAUUUGCCCCCCCCCCCUCCUCUCUCUCUCUCUCUCUCUCUCUCUCUCUCGCAAUGUAUUGACUGGAUAUAUUUGUUUACAAAUAUAGACUGAAUUUUAUUUUUUUGCUGGUUCAAAAUCAACCAUGAUUUCUUAUUUAGUUAGUGAUUCUUCAACUCAAUCGCUAUAGUCGGUUCCCCUUCAUAUGCAUAUUCAUCGCAUACUCUAUUCCGAUUUUAGUAGUGUUUCUGCUUCUCUCUCUCUCUCUCUCUCUCUCUCUCUCUAGAUAUAUAUAUAUAUGUUAUUUAUCUAUAUAUAUCGAUAAACGUGGACAGAAAUCGCGUAUUUCUUUGAAUCUACUAAUCCCAUUUUCUGAUCAAACUAUUGGCUUCUCUCUCAUCAGUUGGUGCGGCUGCGGUGUUUGUGGGAUUGGCUGCUUACAGAGUCUAUGCGGCAAGAAAAGCCGCCUCUGGUUGA